CAUUCUUGACGCGCGGUUUGUUAUUUGCUAGACUUGCAUCAUGAAUUUGUUUGCAGGAGUCAGCGGGAAGGUUCUUUGUACCCAGGAUACUGGUUUGACUGAGACGAAUGGGUUCAAAGUUUCCGAGAGUGAUAUUUGGAGGACCAGCAACCAGGAAUCUGAUUUUAAUGUUGUCAUAGAUUGUUUUACAGUUGUUUGGAGAAGUGUGACAACCCAGGCCAAACGUUCCACCCGGGCAGAGUACUGGAAGUCGCAACCCAAAAAAAUGUGCGAGUUUUGCAAGUGCUGGAUCACUGACAACAAAGCAAGUAUAGAGUUUCAUGAGAGGGGUAAGAAACACAAAGAAAAUGUACAGAAAAGAAUUCAAGAGGUUCAGAAGAAAGGCAAAGAAACUUCUCAGGCCCAGAAACAACUACUGAUGGAUUUAGAAGCCAUUGAAGCAGCAGCACUGAAGGCGUAUGAGAAAGACUUAAACAUUGAGCCAUCAAAAUCAAAGCCUGAAUCGAACACAGAGUCACAAAAAACACAAGCAAAUGAAACUUGUUCCAAAGGUGAAAGCUCUGUUGGAUGUGUCAUUUCUUAUGAGGGACAAACACCCACUAUGCAUUGCAACCAUGGUUGGAACAUUGCUCAAGCACCAGAAGGCUAUUACUAUUAUUACAACACAGCUACACAAGCAUCUCAGUGGGAAUCCCCCAGUUGCUUAUCGACUCCAUCAAAUCAGGACAUGAGAAAUGCCAAGGAAGAUAAAGCACUGAGUAAAGAGGAUCAGACAAACUCUCAAAAUAAAAUAGAAGAGAAUCAAGUUCAGAGAGAGGAAAAGAAACAAGUAAAGAACUCUCCAUAUGGACAAUGGACAACUGUCCAGACAUUCGAACCUCCUCCCCAAACGGCGAAGAUUGCUUCUGUCAGCGAAAGCGAGACUCAACAAACCACAACAAUCGAACCAAACUCGACCGUAGUAAAAUUCAAAGAACGAUCAACUCCAAAAAUUACUUUCCGUUCAGUUGGCGACGGAAACGAAGUCGCCUUCAAGAAACGUAAACUCAACCCUGAGAAAAAGAAGAACAUUCGACAAACAGAUCCUAAUAAGGCCAGCUGAUACUCGAUUUUGAUCCCAUUAAACUGUCAAGGAACUAUGAAGAAUCAGCAAUAAAUUACGUCUGUCAAUUAAUACACAGA